GUCCCAAAUUGGCUCCCAAAAUAAGGCAAGAGUUUUGGUUUGACUGGACCCGGAUAAAGAGAAAGAGGAGAACAUAAAUGCACAAAAGCAAUAAGAGAACGAGAGAGGGAGACUAGCAUCCAUCACUCCCACAAUUUACUCUUCUCUGCUUGGUCCCGUACACCCUUAGCAGCAACUCUCUUUAGAGAUUGUUUUGUAAUUCUCACCUUUGCUUCCUUUGCCUUUGCUACUAUGUUUCAGAAGCUUCAUACUUCAACUUUGUAACAGUUGCAUCAUUUUUCCUGCAAAAGAAGAGCCUUUUUUCUUCAUUUUCGUCUUCUGGGUUUUAAUGGGGGUUUUUUCUUAGGGAAUAAUGAAUAAUCUCCUAGAAUCCGAGAAAAUGGUAAGCAGUACUGAUGAUGAGUGACAGCCGACAUUUCUGUACAUAGUACCCACGAAGUUUCUGUCUGUCUGUCUUAGGACUUGUCUUCCUUAACGGACUACUCUGAUUUUGGACUUCCAUUACAUCACCCAUCACAUGACAGAAACCAGCUUUUGCAAGCAAGAAUUUCAUAAAACCCAGAAGAGAAUCUCCCAAAGAUUUGAAAUUUGAAGACUCUGGUUACAUGGAAGAAACUUCAGAGGAAUAGGACACAGGAAUUAUUCUACUUGCUUGCAGUUUAUGAAUCAAUCUCUAGAGGAGAUAGAGAAGAAUAUGCUUAUGUCAGCUUAGUUGGUCCAGAACUGAACAGAGAAGGAACAAGAAGAAGAAGAAGAAGAAGAAAGAAUUAAAAUGAAGAGAGAAUGGAGGGUUUCAAUGUCAUCAAAGGAACAACAAGGCAGAAACUUCAUCACUAUCAGCAGCGGCAACAGAAGCAGAAGCUUCAUGGGAUUCUUUGGUUUGGGGUUUGUGUCCUUUCUUCUCUGUCAGCUGCUACUCCUGCCAUCGACCACCUUCGCAAGAGAGCUUGCUUCACAAACAGAGACACAAAGCACCAACGAAGUGCUGUGUUUGUUAGCCUUCAAACAGUUGUCUGUCCAGUCCGAUCCAAACAAUUUCUUGUCAACCUGGAAAGCUGAUUCUUCUGCCUCUCCAUGCUCAUGGUAUGGCGUUUCUUGCUCUUCUGACGGUCAUGUCACCGCUGUCAAACUCAGCAACGCCGGACUCGUUGGCAGCCUCCACCUCCCCAAUCUCACAGCCUUGCCAACGCUACGCACCCUUUAUUUACAGGGCAAUUCCUUCUCUGCUUCCGAUCUCUCUGCCUCCACCUCUUGUGCUCUUGAGACCAUUGACUUGUCCUCCAACAACAUCUCCGGCUCUCUCCCGUCCAACUCUUUUGUAGUCUCCUGCGGUCGAUUGAAUUAUGUGAAUCUUUCUCGCAACUCCAUUACUGGAGGAACUCUUCGUUUUGGUCCUUCUUUGCUUCAGCUCGACCUGUCUCGGAAUAGGAUUCUGGAUUUUUCACUAUUGAAGUCUUCCCUAUCUAGUUGUCAGAACCUCCAACUGCUCAAUUUCUCCGACAACAAGCUCGCCGGAAAACUGGGUGUAACUCCUUUGUCUUGCACAGGUCUGUCUGUGUUAGACCUCUCCUAUAAUAUACUCUCUGGAGAGAUACCACCUAGCUUUGUUGCAGACUCGCCAUCAUCUCUCAACUAUCUUGAUCUUUCCCACAAUAAUCUCUCCAGCAACUUCUCUAGCCUUGAUUUCGGGAAUUGCGGCAACCUCACCUUCAUUAGUUUGUCUCAAAACAGCGUCUCUGGCAGUGACUUCCCAGCUAGUUUGAUGAAUUGCAAGCUUAUGGACACGCUUGACCUCUCUCGGAACAUGCUUCAAGGCAAAAUUCCAGGUGAAAUGUUGGGUGGUUUUCCGAAGUUGAGGGUGAUUUUGCUUUCACACAAUCAGUUUUCCGGUGAUAUUCCUCCAGAGUUGGGGCAUGCGUGUGGGAAACUCCAGGAACUUGAUCUAUCCGUGAACAAACUCACUGGAGGGUUGCCGGAGACGUUCAUUGGCUGCAGUUCAUUGCAGCAUUUGAACCUCGGAAAUAAUCUCCUCGCAGGAGAUUUCCUUAGUACUGUUGUUGGUAGUAUACAUAGUUUGAGGUAUCUCUACGUUCCAUUCAACAACAUAACAGGUUCGGUGCCGAUGACUUUGGCAAAUUGCACACAACUUCAAGUGCUUGAUCUCAGUUCUAAUGAAUUUACUGGAAAAGUCCCAUCUUGGUUUUGUUCAAAUCCAACUUCUUCAGCCUUGGAGAAAAUACUCUUAGCCAACAAUUAUUUAUCAGGAUCAGUACCAUCUGAGAUUGGAAGAUGCAAAAACCUUAGGAGCAUUGAUCUUAGUUUCAACAGCUUGACAGGUCCGGUUCCACGAGAAAUUUGGACCAUGCCAAACCUUUCUGACUUGGUGAUGUGGGCAAACAAUCUCACAGGGGAAAUUCCAGAAGGAAUUUGUGUGAAUGGAGGGAAUUUAGAGACAUUGAUUCUCAACAACAAUCUCAUCACAGGGAAAAUUCCAGAGUCUAUAGGCAACUGCACCAAUAUGAUUUGGGUGUCCCUUUCCAGUAAUCGGCUUUCAGGGGAAAUUCCUGCUGUAAUUGGAAAUUUAGUUAAGCUUGCUAUCCUUCAAAUGGGUAACAAUUCACUCUCUGGACGAAUUCCACGAGAGAUUGGCAAUUGCCAGAGCCUUAUUUGGCUUGACCUGAACAGCAAUGACUUCAGUGGUCCUCUCCCAUCCGAUCUUGCUGACAAUUCUGGCCUUGUAGUUCCUGGAGCCGUUUCUGGGAAGCAGUUUGCAUUUGUGAGAAAUGAGGGUGGAACAUCCUGCAAAGGAGCUGGAGGACUAGUUGAAUUUGAAGGGAUUUGGGCCCAAAGGCUGGAGAAUUUUCCUAUGGUUCAUUCUUGUCCAUCAACAAGAAUUUACUCUGGCAUGACAGUUUACACCUUCACCAGCAACGGCACCAUGAUAUACCUUGACCUAUCCUACAAUUCCUUAUCCGGAACCUUACCUGAAAAGUUUGGCUCUAUGACUUAUUUGCAGGUAUUGAACUUGGGACACAACAAGUUAACCGGAAAUAUCCCCAAUAGCUUUGGAGGUUUGAAGGCAAUUGGAGUUCUUGAUCUCUCACACAAUAAUAUCCAGGGUUUUAUUCCUGGAUCAUUAGGAACUCUCUCUUUUCUUAGUGAUCUUGAUGUGUCUAACAACAAUCUUACUGGUCCUAUCCCUGCUGGAGGUCAGCUGACUACUUUUCCUGCAUCGAGAUAUGAGAAUAAUUCUGGCCUUUGUGGAUUACCAUUGGCCCCUUGUAGCUCUGGAAGUCACCCAACAAGUUUCAAGGCCCGGAGAAAGCAGCCUGUGGAGUCAGGAAUGGUUAUUGGUAUAACAUUUUUUGUUAUGUGUAUCCUUGGACUUACAUUAGCUCUUUAUCGAGUGAAGAAGCACCAGAAGGAGGAGGAAAAGAGGGAGAAAUACAUUGAAAGCCUUCCGACUUCAGGUAGCAGCAGCUGGAAACUUUCCAGUGUUCCAGAGCCUCUAAGCAUCAAUAUUGCCACAUUUGAGAAACCUCUGCGGAAGCUAACCUUCGCUCACCUGCUCGAGGCUACUAAUGGCUUCAACGCGGACAGCUUGAUAGGCUCUGGAGGGUUUGGUGAGGUCUACAAGGCAAGACUAAGUGAUGGUUGUGUUGUUGCUAUCAAGAAGCUUAUUCAUGUCACUGGACAAGGAGACAGAGAGUUUGUUGCAGAAAUGGAAACUAUUGGGAAGAUUAAGCAUAGAAAUUUGGUUCCUCUUUUGGGUUACUGCAAGGUUGGAGAGGAGAGGCUUCUUGUGUAUGAAUACAUGAAAUGGGGGAGUCUCGAAUCUGUUCUUCAUGACAGGGUCAAAGGAGACGUCUCAAAUCUUGAUUGGGCAGCAAGAAAGAAGAUUGCAAUUGGUUCUGCAAGAGGUCUUGCAUUCCUUCACCAUAGCUGUAUACCUCACAUCAUCCACCGCGACAUGAAGUCCAGCAAUGUACUUCUAGACGAAAAUUUUGAGGCCAGGGUUUCAGAUUUUGGCAUGGCAAGAUUGGUGAAUGCGCUUGACACACAUCUUAGCGUCAGUACUCUUGCUGGAACUCCAGGUUAUGUUCCACCCGAAUACUAUCAGAGCUUUAGAUGCACCACAAAAGGAGAUGUCUACAGUUAUGGCGUCAUCCUGCUGGAACUUCUAUCAGGCAAGAGGCCUAUAGAUCCUUCUGAGUUUGGCGAUGACAAUAACUUGGUUGGAUGGGCAAAGCAGCUCCACAAAGAGAAUAGAAGUAAUGAGAUUCUUGAUACUGAAUUGGAAACAGAAGAGUCUGGUGAGGCUGAAUUGUCUCAGUACUUGAAAAUUGCCUUUGAGUGCCUAGAUGACAGGCCUUUCCGGAGGCCAACCAUGAUACAAGUAAUGGCAAUGUUCAAAGAGCUUCAUGUUGAUGCAGAAAAUGACGUCCUUGACGAUUUCUUGGUGAAAAAUGCAGUGAUGGAGGAUUUGAGGGAGAAAGAACCUUAGUUAUUAAUGAGACUUAUUGGCUGCAUAAAUUUUGCAGAAAGUGAUGUGAACCUUUGAAUAGGAUAUAAGGUACAUCCUUCCCAUUUCACCUACUUGUAAAUAAUAGAUGAAGGAAGACAUGAUGAGGGGAGGCAAAGCUAUAGCUCUUUCAGUAGCUCAAAUUUAUAGUUACUUAUAACUUAUAAGAGACCUAGAACUUUGUUCUUCUGAGCUUGGCUUGUUCUUUUGUUUUUUCCUGUAAAAGUUUUGCUAACUGAUGCUAUUCUACUUGUUUCAUACAUUUUCUGGUUGUUAUUGGUGGUGUUCUGUUCAUACAAAUUUAGAAAACCAGAAGUAUUUGUAAAGUUGCAGCAAGCUGCAAUAGCAACACCAUUGUUGUGAAAGUGAAAUCAUAAUUUUUGUUAUCCUUA